AUGCUCGACAACAUCAACAACCUCGCCAUCUACAUCCCCAGUCUCUUUCACUACGUGUCAGAUUCGGACGACGAUAUGGCAUCACCAACAGAGUCUCGCCGGGGCACCUCCCAGAGGAGGACCUCUUCUAGGUCAAGCAGCCGCCGCCCGAGGCUCCUCCGCUCCAGCGCAACAGAGCCCUCCAUCACGCCGUCCACUGCUAGCCGCAACGCAUUGGCAACCCCUGGCACCAGCCGCCGGGCAACAGACCUGCUGAACCAGGUCGCCGUCUCCAGCUCACCACCAAACUCAUCGACACCUCUCUCCCAGAGCCCGACCAUGUACGACAGCCCGGACAGGAUUGCGAGGGACCACGUCGACCUGGACGGAUUCCGCCCCCACCUAGCAGACUCUGGACGCUAUUUCAGUUUCCCGAGCUUCGACACCUGGCAGCCCGACCAGCCAGAGGAGCGGGAGCCUCAGAUGCAGAUGCAGAUGCAGAUGCAAUCCCCCUGA